CGUCAACGCCAUCGUCCGGGCGACGGGGGCGCGGCCGCGGGGCGGGAGGGGCCUCAUGGCCGGGCCGGGCCGCCCGCCUUCCCCCGCUCCAUCCUCCGCCUUUUCCCACCUCCCCACUCCGGGUUCCGCGCUCUGACCCCACCCGUUGGGCGAGGGUCCGAGCCGGGCUCGGCGCGACCCACCGCUGUGAGGAUGGGGCAGCCGAGGAGGCAGGAGAACGGCAGCGGCCUGACGGCGCAAUGACCGGCGAGAAGAAGAAAAAGAAGCGGCUCAACCGCAGCGUCCUGCUGGCCAAGAAGAUCGUCAUACGGGACGGGGCCGGCCGACAGGGGAUUGGAGAGCCCAGUGUGUACCACGCAGUGGUGGUGAUUUUCCUGGAGUUCUUUGCCUGGGGUUUACUGACCACUCCAAUGCUGACGGUGUUACACCAGACUUUUCCUCAGCAUACCUUCUUGAUGAAUGGUCUGAUUCACGGAGUCAAGGGUCUGCUUUCUUUUCUAAGUGCCCCAUUGAUUGGUGCUCUCUCUGAUGUCUGGGGCAGGAAAUCCUUCCUCCUCCUCACUGUCUUCUUCACAUGUGCACCAAUUCCCCUUAUGAAGAUCAGUCCGUGGUGGUAUUUUGCUGUCAUUUCCAUGUCUGGAGUCUUUGCUGUCACCUUUUCUGUGAUUUUUGCCUACGUUGCUGAUAUCACACAAGAGCAUGAACGCAGCACAGCAUAUGGCCUGGUGUCAGCUACGUUUGCUGCUAGUUUGGUCACAAGCCCAGCAAUUGGUGCAUACCUUUCCCAAGCCUAUGGUGAUACACUAGUAGUUGUGCUAGCUUCAGGUGUUGCUUUGCUGGAUAUUGGUUUCAUCCUGCUGGCUGUGCCAGAAUCUCUGCCAGAAGAGAUGCGCCCUGUCUCCUGGGGAGCUCCAAUCUCUUGGGAACAAGCAGACCCAUUUGCUUCUUUGAGGAAAGUGGGUCAGGAUUCUACCGUGCUGCUCAUCUGUAUCACUGUCUUUCUCUCCUAUCUUCCUGAAGCUGGCCAGUACUCCAGUUUUUUCCUGUACCUGCGACAGGUCAUUGGUUUUUCCUCAGAAACUGUGGCAGCAUUUAUUGGUGUUGUUGGAAUUCUCUCUAUACUGGCUCAGACAGUAGUCUUGGGAAUUCUCAUGCGUUCAAUCGGAAAUAAAAACACCAUCCUGCUGGGACUAGGCUUCCAGAUCCUGCAGCUUGCCUGGUAUGGCUUCGGAUCACAGCCUUGGAUGAUGUGGGCAGCAGGGGCUGUGGCUGCCAUGUCUAGCAUCACCUUCCCAGCCAUCAGUGCCAUGGUGUCUAGGAACGCAGACCCUGACCAGCAGGGUGUAGUGCAGGGGAUGAUCACUGGAAUUCGGGGUCUGUGUAAUGGCCUGGGGCCAGCUCUCUAUGGCUUUGUCUUCUAUCUUUUCCAUGUGGAAUUGAAUGAAAUGGCUGAGGUGGAAACUUUGGGUAAGGCCUCCAAAACCAACAUGGCCAACCCAACGGAUGAGAGCAGCAUUAUCCCAGGGCCUCCUUUCCUGUUUGGAGCUUGCUCUGUCUUGCUGUCGCUCCUGGUGGCCUUGUUCAUUCCAGAACACAACCUUACUCUGAGAUCAGGCAGCCACAAAAAACACAGUAAUGGAGCCCAGACCCACACCCACAGCCCACAGGCUGGAGCUUCGGAUGGCAAGGAGCCCCUGCUUGAGGACAGCAGUGUAUGAGGUUGGGAGAGAAGGACCUGGCUUGUGUCUCAACUCCAGAUCAAAGAUGGACUUAGUUGGGGUUUGGGGAGAGAGGGUGGGAGGCAAGAAGGAGCGAGAUGAAAGACUGUACCACGAGCAGCUCACGAGAAGGGAAGUGGUUUCCCUUCAAGCCAAAUAUACUCAGCUGGUGCAAAAAUUGAA